UAAGUGGAAUCGCUCACACUUACAUGUAUCUUGAGAAGAAAAACUUACGUUCAUAGAGAAAGAAAGAGAGAAAAAGAAAUUAAAAGAAAUAACGAUGUAUAACUGUGCUAUUCGAAAGGAUAUUUGAUUUAGUCGUGAUAAUUUUCAUUGGUAAUAUACCAAAAAAAAAAAAAAAAAAAUGAAUUCCGAGAGAACUGUUAGUUCCUUGGCUUUAACUGGUAGAAUUUCCUGUCUGUGUACAUGGUGCUUGAAGAGAAGGAUGGUGUUCGGAUGUAAGAGGAGCCAAGUCAUAUCGUGGAUGUUCUGUUCGUUGUUUUUCUUUUCCCCCGCUGUCUAUGGAUUUAAUUUGGAUACCAAUACUCCAAUUUUUCAAAGAGGAAAUGCAGGGGAUAUGUUUGGAUAUUCUGUGGCACAACAUAUCGACCAAGGCCAAUCAUGGAUGCUAGUUGGAGCUCCCCGGGCCCAGACAGGACAGCCUGACAUAGUACGAGGAGGGGCUGUGUUUAGAUGUAGAAUAGACCCACACAAUCAAACUAAUAAUAUUCCAUCCUGGUGUCAAAUCAUUCCUUUUGACAACCGAGGGAAUGAGAGGCGGACAGAUCCAUUUGGCAUUAGCCAGCCGAUUGAGGACAAAAAUAACCAGUGGUUUGGUGCGACUGUAAUCAGUUCUGGGGAAAGUGGACAAAUAUUGGCAUGUGCCCCUAGAUAUGUAUAUCUGUCCACUCAGUUCAACAAGCGGGAACCUGUGGGUACGUGCUACCUGGCCCGGUCGGGCAGCACCACAUUUGAGGAAUACUCGCCUUGUAGAGGAAAGAAAUUUCAAGACCCUGAUGUCGAUUUGCUAAGAGAUACAGUGGACCAAUACCAUAAGUCCGGCUACUGUCAAGCUGGCUUCUCAGUAGCCAUGGCAGCUAAUGGCAGCCGAAUUUUGAUUGGUGCACCUGGUGCAUUUUACUGGCAAGGCCAGGUUUACAAUUACUGGUUGGACCUGAAUAACAACAAACUGUCAACAAGGGAGGAAGGAGCUUCAGAGGAUAAUAAAUACAGGGGGUACUCGUCAGCUGUUGGCCACUUUGAUAAUGACAACAUGGAAGAUUAUGUAGUUGGCAUUCCCAGGGCGGAGAAACUUUUAGGAGUAGUUCAACUUUACAAUCAGAAUUUGCAACCUAUAAAGAACAUUACCGGCAAACAGAUUGGAGCUUAUUUUGGUUAUGCAGUAGCAGUUGAAGACUUAAAUGGUGACAAGCUUGAUGACAUCAUCGUGGGUGCUCCUCUCCAUUCAGACAAGGAUUCCUCCUCUUACGACACGGGCAGAGUUUAUAUAUAUUAUCAGGAUGCUAGGGGCGGUUUUAAUUCAGAAGGAUCAGACUUAAGAAAAUUUCGACAAAAGAAAAAGGACAUCCUAGAGGGAUAUGAACCGAAGUCAAGGUUUGGGAGUGCUCUGACAGGACUAAGUGACAUCAACCGGGAUUCUUACAAUGAUUUAGCAGUUGGCGCACCUUACGGAGGAAUAGAGGGGCGGGGUGUGGUGUACAUCUAUGUUGGUUCGAUGGACGGAAUCAUUACGGAGGUUUCACAAAUCCUGCAUGGGCAAGCUCUCGGUUACUACCUCUCCACGUUCGGUUUCUCCCUCUCUGGGGGCUACGACCUGGACAAAAAUGGCUACCCAGAUUUAGUUGUUGGAGCUUAUGAAUCAGAUACAGCUGUUUUUGUGAAAUCCAGGCCAAUAGUCCGGGUGGCAGCCAGCUUACGUUUGGAUCCAGAUAUCAUUAAAUUAGAGGAAAGGAACAAAAACUGUCAUAUUGGGGAUGACACAUAUAAAAUCCAUGUCCCUUGUUUGAUUGUGCGGACCUGUGUGGAAUACAAUGGUGAAGGAGUCAGUAAUGAGCUAGAAUUUGACUUUUUCUGGACACUGGAUGCGAGGAAAAAUAUUUCCAAAAGGAUGUUUCAAUACCAGACUCAGCAGCCGGAGGUUUCAGAACUCAGCCUUAAACUGACAAAGCAGGAGGUCUUCUGUCACGACUUCAUAGUGUAUAUAUUGAACAACAUAAGAGACAAGUUAACUCCAAUAGAUGUCUCCUUCUCAUAUCGUCUGGUUAGUGAUGACGAAGUCACAGGUCGGAAGAAACGUCAGACGGCCCAAAGGACAAUACCUCCGAUUCUGGACAAAUACAUCCCAUCCACAGUCACUGUGGAGGGAAAAAUUAGCAAAAAUUGUGGAGAUGAUGAGCGUUGUAUUCCUGACCUAUCGGUCCUGGCUGAAAGAGUGGAACCGUUUGCCAAGCCUAUAGAAGUCGGAAGUUCUAAUGAAGAAAUCGAGAUUAGCAUUACAGUGAGAAAUUCUGGACCAAUGGCAGAGGACUCGUACGAGACAAUGCUUUAUGUGGAACUACCGGAGGGAAUGUUGUACAGUGGCAUUACCAAUACAAAUGCUGCAGUAGCUUUGACCUGCAAUUACAGGGCCAUCAACACAUCUCCGUUUGUUAUCUGCGACAUAGGAAAUCCAAUGCCAGCCCGAGCCAAGACUUAUUUCACUCUGCUGGUAACUCCUAACAAUACAGAUGGAUUGACGGACAAGCUAGCAUUCAAAUUCAAUGUCAACAGUUCAAACCCAGAGAACAACACAGAUAUGUGGGACAAUGUGUAUACGAUGCACAUAGAGGUCAGGCAGCGUGCGUUUCUGGAGAUUUCUGCAAAUUUAGCUGUUUCAACUGAGCAGGUUAUCUACAACGCCACUGGUGUGAAUUUGUACAAAGGCACAGGAUUUGGUCCAGAAAUCAUUCACGAGUACAGGGUGAGAAAUCUUGGACCAACACCAGUAAAGAGUAGUCUAGUCAACAUUUACUGGCCGAGCUACGACGACCAGGGGAAUCAUCUUCUUAAAAUAGACGAAGGGCCGCAUGUGCUGUAUCCCAAUGGGGGUUUCUGUGAAAAACAGCUCCUGUCUCCGGAGAAUUCCACGGAUUUCACAUACCGAGAGGGCAACAGCAAAAUAAACGUUCAGCUGCAGACUAAGACUAGAAGACAUACCCGACAGAAACGGGAUACGUCCAACGUUAAAAACGUGGUCUGCAACAACCAGUACUGUACAUUUAUCAAAUGUUUCUUGGGUCCAAUGCCUGGCCGAAUGGUGGAUUCUAGAGACGCGGCUGUCAUACAAAUCAAGGCUCACAUUUGGACCAACACUCUUGUUUUACGAGGUCUCACAGUAGAUCCAUUCAAUCUGAAAUCACAAGCCCUCGCACAAGUCCAAACCAUGCCCUUUAAUAUUCCAGUGGAUCACAACAACGAAACAUUCAUGGUGUCAGAGGCAGAGGUUUCCACAUAUGUCAAUGCGGAGAAGUUGGCACCCAGAAAGAAAACUGUGGAGAUCUGGAAGAUAGCAGUUGCCAUUGUGGGGGGUCUGUUGUUACUGCUGAUAAUAAUCAUCGUCCUUUGGGUGUGUGGAUUUUUCCGAAGAAAGCGACCCAAUGGCGAACCAUCUUAUUCCAAACCGUUAAUGAAGAAUGGACAACAGCCUAAAUCAGACCUCGCUGCCCGGCCUUAUGAGUGACAAGAGUUAUUUCCAAACGAUGAAUGUGGAAAAUUAUAAAAUAAUGUCCUAUCAAGCAUUCCAUUAAACAGCAUGAGUUGAAAGUCAAUAAUAUCAACAGGCACCAAUCAGUACAUACACUUCUCUCCGUGUCAACCAGGGGAUGUGUGAAGAGGGUCAGCAUUAUUGUGAUUAUGUUUGCCAUGGAAAUACCACUGAUGGUUUCCAUGGAAAGUGACAGUAUCAUACAUUUCUAAAAAUAUUUAAUAUAUGAAAGAGAAUGAGAAGGAAUUCUUGUAUUAUAGAUACUUUCCAUUGACUCGGAGUGUGCAUGUUGAUACUUUUUGAGGUUAUGUAAUAGACAAAAGUUUAUGCCACUCGUGUUAUUCAUGAAGGACAAUCUUGGGUGAUAUUUUUUUGUAUGUUAACCAUAUAAACUAUUGUUUAUAGUUUUGUACUAAAAAGGAAGUUCUAAUAGGUACCCUGUGCAUCUCAUCAGUAUCAAAAGGAAAAAUUUCAUCAAUAUCGAAAGAAAAUAGUUGGUGGAUAAACUCCCAUCUGUUUUCUUGGGUCCAACUCCUUGCAGUGCCUAUCAAUUUUUCUCUUGUCAAUUCUGAAUUUUUUUAUUCUCAUCAGUCAACCUUUUAUUAGCUAAGGUGAAGAUGGGGUGUUAAAAAUAUACUCAAAAAUAUCAUUUGAAAUGGAAAAAGACAUUGUUUUAAUAAUUAGUUUACAAUUGUGAUACAAAUGUACAAGUACAGUUAAACUUUCAUAUCUUGAACAUUAAUAUCUCGAAUAUCAUGGAUAUAUCGAAGUGAGCUAGAAUUCCCAACUACAUUUUCUUUAUGUAUUUUAAGAUCAGUAUCUCAAACCCUAGGAUAUCUAACCCUAGGAUAUCUAGAAGCUCUUUCUCAGCACCACUGAGUUUGAAAUAAUGGGGUUUGACUGUAAUACUUUAUUUGAUGUAGACAAGCCUGAAGGUAUUGGCAUGUAAAGAGAUAACUGGAGAGUGUCCUUAAAAAUUAUAUGCAUUGUAUAAAACAAAACUUACCAAAAUAACAAUGGCUAUUUAGUCAGAUAUUUUCAUAGUCCCAAGUGCACUUUUCUCAAUGGCAUUAUACUUUGUCUACUCAGUCAUAUUUAUAGUUAAUUAUGUAUGGUAUUUUGGUAUUUAUAUACAGGUAACAUGAAAAUACGUUUUUAUGUUGGUUAAAUAUAGAUUUUGUAACAUUUACACACUAUGUUCACUUAUUGUGGAAGAAUUACAAACUUCAGUAAAUACGAAUUUACUUUUCUCCUGCAAAAUGUCUAUGUGUUAAAUGACAAGAAAAAAAAAAAAUAACUGUAAAGUUUAAAAUCAGUUCCUAGACAUUUUAUGAUUUCGUGGUACCUUUCUGUCGAAUUCUGUAAUAGUAUAUACAUGUGUGUUAUUAAUAGAAAGGGUACCUCUAUUCCAUUUUUAUUUAUUGGGAGUUGAUUGCGUCUACGGACACUACACUUGUGUAUAUAUUCAUUUUGUAUAGUAUAAACACAUUUAUAUUGCAUCUCUCUCUAGUGUUGAUAAUGGUCUGUAAAAUAAACUGAAGGUACUAAUAUUGUCACUAUAUAGCUGUUUAUCAUACAGUCACAUACUAGUUGUACGGACUGGUACUAGUCAGUAAAAUGUUGAUUGUAGUUCAUUUUAGAAUGAAUUUUAUGUUAACAGUUAAUACACUACUUAACGAAAAAAAGAUUAAUUUAUGUUCUUGCAUCAUAUGAAAGUACUGUGUUGAUUAGUUAUUUUCUAAGUAUAAGUUAGAGUAUAUUAAGUGAAAUCUUAAUGGAUAAGAAGGGGCGGAGCGAACGUUAGUGAGCGAGCCCCUUCUUAUCCAAUAAGAUUUCACUUAAUAUACUCUAACUGGCUUAGAAUGUAACCUAGUUUUUCAUUGGCUGGGAACAUUUACAAUGUCAUAAAAUUUAUUUUCAAAUAGCCAAUCACAGUCAGUCACGUGAUAUCUCUCUGUUGGGAAUUCUUAAUGAAUAAGUGAGCCACUUAAUGAACAACUUCUUGAAAUCUGAUUGGUCGACAAACUAGGUUAUAUUCUAAAUUAUGUUGUAUCUGCAGUUUGCGUGUUUCAUUUAUACUAAAUUUAGUAAUGUUACUAAUUUUAGCGAUGAGAUCAGUAAAAUAGGUAACAUUCCAAUGCAAUAUCGAGAUUGAGGAAAAUGACUAUGUUAUUAUGAAAAAACAGAAAUCAGGGCAAGAAAUUCAAGAAUGUUAUUUUCUUCAUUAUACACAGUUAUACUCAGAGCAGGACUGAAUGUACAUGGAUUAUUAGUUCAGGUUACAAUAUAUUAAUUAGCUAAUAUGGGCUUGAAGAAUAUUUGGCUGAUUUUUUUUCCAAAAAUAGUGGUUUGAAAGGUUGGCGUUUUAUUUUUUGGAGUAUUUUCAUUUUUAACAGUUAGAUUUACAUGAUUGAAAAUUCAGGCAUUUAAAGUUUUUUUUUGGCAAAUCAUCUUCAUCUGCCAGGGAAAGUCCACAUUUCCGACCCUCUGGAAUGACCAGAUGUAUGGUACAUAAUGUUCUGAGACAUUUUGCCCAUUUUCUGUUCUGUCAUGUUGCCAUACUGUGUUUAUAAGACAUAAUUGUCUGUGAUGUUCUAUGCAGUGAUUUUUUUUCAUUGUGUCUGUGUUUUUUGUAUAAGAGAUGAUUACACAAAUGAUGUGAUUUGAUAGUUCCGUCUGUGUAAGAGAGGUGUGUGAGAAAUCGUGACAGCGUUUUGCUGCUAACGUUAAUGAAGAGAGAAAUAAGAUAUAUUCAGAGGUACGUGUGAAUUUUUAACUGAUCGAUGACUGCAAUAUUUCCUCCCUGGCAACUACAAGUUUGAGCUUUGCUUAUGUGCAUGCAUGAAAGAUAUUGCAAUAUGUAUUUGAAAUGAAUGCAUGUAUAACAUAGAGAAAAUUUUACACGAUGUACAUUGCUUUCCAUUAGUAUUUUGAAGGUUUGAACAAAAUAACCAUGCUUCCAUUUAAUGUGAACUGAGAUUUGCAGUAAAACAGACUUGUGUUUUGAGAGAGAGAGAGAGAAAGAGAGAGAGAGAAGGUUGAAUGAAUCUAGCAUUUUAUUAUAGUAAUUUAUUUGAUACUUUGUGUCAUUUUUGUUGACAAUUAUUCACCAUAUUCGAUAUUGUGCAAUUAUAUAUAUUGACAUACAUGUAUUUGUUCAGUAAAUAUUGUUUCUUAA